AUGAUAAAGAUUAGUGUUCAAAUGGAAUAACUCAAAACAAGCCAGAAUAUUGAAGUGUUUCCUCAUUAAAAAGGUUCUAAUAUUAUACAAUAACUUUUUAAUAAACUAGAUUUUGAUUAAGAAAUUAGAUAGAUUGUAUAGAGUAAUCUUUUUGUCGAAAAUGUACAAGUUGAUAUUGAUAAAACAAUAGAAGCACUUGAUAUAAACAACUAUUCAAAAGUAGAAGUAAAAUUAUCUAAAAAAAUCAUAAUUGAAUGUGAUCAUGAAUUUCUGGGUACGAUUAGAUAUGAAACAGAUGCAUUUGCUUCAGUUAAUAUUUUUAAGAAUUAUUUGAUUAGGGAAAUAAUAAAGAUUAAUUCAUGUGAAAUAGUAAUAAUCAAUUAAUAAAAUGGUAACUAAUUAGAUAGAGAUUCUUGGGGUAAAUUUGGAAUUUUUAAAAAUGUGAAAAUUAGACUUAUUAUUACAAAAAUACAAAAAAUAGUAUUCAAUUAAACUAAUUAUGAAAUGAAAAUCGAUCUGUUUUAACCUAUUGCUAAGAUUAUCAAAUAAUUUAAAAAUACAUAAUAAUUGAAUGAAGAAUGCUUAAUUUUUAAAACAAAUUCUGGACCAAUAAACCCUGAUGAAUUUUAUAAAUAAUUAAAUAUUCCAGAUAUUCCAUGGGUAGCCGAAAUAACAGAAGAUUUUGUUUAUAAAUUAUCUUUUGAAUAAUAAGGAAUUAAAGAAAUAACAGUAAGAAAAGACUUAGAAAUAUUUGAAGUUUUACGAUUAAUUAGAACUAUAUUCAAAAUAGAAAAAACUAUACCUAUAAAAUUAGAAUACAAACUUAAUGGAUAUAAUCUUGAUAUUAACAAUACAGUAAAAUAAGAAUAUAUACCAUCAUAUAGUUAAUUAAAUAUUAUAAAGGAACCUUCUGAUAAUAAAAUUAAUAUAUAAUUACUAAAUAGAUAAACCCAGAAUAAACAAAUAAAGAGAAUGCCUAUUAAUUCAACUUUAGCUGAUUUGGAUUAAUUAAUAAAUCAUGAUAAAAAUACACAAAUUAUUAGUUAUUAUAUUGAUGAGUCAUUAAAAGAUAGAAAAUUUAAUUUAAGACAAUUAGAUUUGUAAUCAGAGAGCAUUAUUAAAUAUGAAAUAGAAUCGAAAUAAGAAUCCAUAAUAUAAAAUGAAAAAAGUUAAAAAAUUUAAGAAAUUGAGCUUCAUGAACCAAGUGAUGACUUUACUUAAAUAAGAAUUAAUUUUGAAAAUAGAUAAACAAAUAAAUCAAAAUAAAUUCUUAUUUCAUGUAAAGCUACUGUUAUUGAUGGGUUAAGAGAAGUUCUUAAAACAGAAGCUUUAAAAAAAACAGAAUACUAUAUUGUUUAAUUCAAUAAUUAAAUAAUUGAUAUAAAUUCUAGAUUUGAUGUAUUAUAAAUAGUUUAAGAUUCGACAUUAGUUUAUUAUACUGAAUAUGUUAUUUUUUAAGCUUCUGUAGAAAAAAAAGUAUUAGAAAUAGUUGUAGAUUAAAAUCAAUCAAUUUCUUUGAUAGAAGAUUAAUUUAGAAAACAACAUAAAAUUGAUUAAUCAUUAACAUUAUAAUAGAUAAAUUAAUAAAACAAAAAAGAGACGUUAAAGUAAUUUUUAAUAAUAAAUUAAAAUUUUAAAUUUGAGUUUAAGAAGACAAUUGAACCUCCAGUAGCUGUAAUAAAAUCAAUAGAAUUUUCAAUAUUAAUUAAAGAGCUUAAUUAAAAUGCAUAAUUUCAUAUAAAUUAAGAUGAUACAUGUAUUGGAAUGUGUGAAACAAUAAAGCGUAGAUUUGCAUUGGCUAAGAAUUAAGUACUUAAAUUAUUUGUAGGCGAUAGAUUAAUAAAUGAAAAUGAAAGUGUUUUAUAGAUUAAGAAUUAUAUAAAUUAAAGUUAGAAACAAUUAAUAGUUGAUUGGUAAUAUACUUUAGAUUUGUAAUUAGAAAGUAAUUAUGGAGACAAAAAGAUAAUUUAGGUAUAAUUAGAAGAAACUUUAUAACAUGCUCUAUAAGCCUAAAUGAUAAUUGGAGAUAAAUUUACUUAUAAAUCAUAAUUAUUAGAUGCAAAUAGAAAAAUAAAAGAUUUACCAGUUGAGAAUAAUGGAUUAAUUAAAUAUCAAUUAAAUUUUAUAAUAGUAAAUUUUGAAAAUAAUCGAACAGGAUUAUAAUAAUAAUUAUAAGUAUAAUAAGAGGAAACUUUAGAAGAAUUAGCUAAAAGAUUAGAAGUUAAAAUAAAUGCAUUUUAUCAUAAAAAUUAAAAUUUGGAUUUUUCAACAAAAAUUAGAUCAAUAUAAUUGGCUGCAAAUGAAUAUAUUAAAUAUGAUGAAUAAGAAGAUCUUCAUGAACCAUCAGAAAAUUUUUCAAACAGGAUUUAAAUAAGAUCAGAUUAAAAAUAUGUUAUUGUUUUAAUUGGAUAAAGAAAAUUGAAAUAUUAAAUAGAUUAAAAUAUUAGAAUAGGAAGCAUUAAAAAAACAGUAUAUAAUCAAAUAAUAGCAGGUUAUGGAUUAGAUAUCUCAAAAUAUGUAUUAAAACAUUAAGAUAAAUAAUUAAUUGAUGAAAAUCUGAUUGCAUCUGAAUUAGAUAGAUCUCCAAUUGAGCUAUAAUUUGAGUUGCUCGUAGGUGAAAGUCAAUGAAGAAGAAC